UACUCAAUGUAAUUUCACUGUGAUCUUCACAUGAUUGGAUUGUUUUCAAAAUUGAAGGAAUGAUGUGUUUUACUAGAUGUGUUUUAUCUCCACAGUUCUGCUGGUGUGUCAAACUACACAGAGUUUAUUUGAUAAACAGGUGAAUUUAGGGCAAAAUGUGACUUUAGACUGUCAGAUUGAUGUAAAAGAUGUUUAUUGGGUUUUCCAGAAACUGACGGAUUCUCCAGCGCUGAUUCUGCGAACUUUCUCAUGAUCUACAUCAUCUCUUAUACAAGAUGAAAGAUUUAAAGACAAAUAUUCAUCACUAACUUUGAGCCGUUUAUUUAUCAGUAAUGUCACUAUUGAUGAAUUAGGAUUAUAUUAUUGUGUAAAAAGAACUGACUCAGGCCUACAGCUCAGCAAUGGCACCAGACUUUACAUCACUGAAUCUGUCCAAGAUCACAAUCAAACAGUAAACAAAAAUCAUUCACAACCACAAUGUGAGAAAACACUCAAGAUUGACAAUAGAAUGACUGUUACAUCCUUCCUAUUAAACAUUGUGCUGAUUAUUGCAAUAACAGGUCUGUUAAUACACAAAUUUAAGAAAAGCACAAAAAGUCGACAACAUCGUCAGAAUGUCGAACCACAGCAGCCUGAGGACUUUAACACUGUACAGUAUUCUGAAAUCGAGUUACCUACAUAUUCCAGAGAAGAAAAUCCCAAACAGAUCAACGGCACUUACGUGCUUCUUCAGAAGCCAAAGCCACAUCCAAGAGUUCAACACAACAUGAACCUGCAAAGUUGUUGAGGUGGUUUGACACCUUCUCUGGGUGUUUCCUUUUUUGUAGGAUUAAUUUAUGUAAAGGACAAUGUGUUUCCAUCACCGUUUGCAUUACAUCAUAUUAUUUACUUAUUUAUAAAAUACAUAUUUUGCUGAAUGUUUCUACCAAGUAACCUUAGACAAGUUAACAGAUGAAUCUUGAUUGAUGUGAUUACACUUUACUAAUAGGGUUUAAGGCGUUAACAUGAAAUAACAAAAAAAAUACUUGCAUUAAUCCUGGUUAAUGUUAGUGUAAAUACAUUUUUAACAUUUCAAAUUGUAUGAAUUGGCAUCAACAAUAGUAUAUUUAAACAUUAAAUACUACUAACAAUAUAAAAUAUCAUUAACCUAAAUUAAUAAAUUCUGUUAAAAUUGUUUAUUGUUAUUUCAUGAUACUUAAUGCGUUAACAACUUCACAUUAGUUUUGAGGUAACACUUUACGGUAACACUUUAUUUUAGUGUCAUUGUUACAUAUGCUACAUGUAGUUACUAUAGUAAUAACAAUAAAUUAUGCAUAAUUACAUGCAACUAACCCUAAACCAAACCAAACCAAACCCUUAUCCUAACCCUAUAGUAAGUACAUGUAGUUCAUUAUUAUUACUCAGUACUUAAAUGUAUAGUUAGUGUAACAAAGACACUUAAAAAAAAGUGUAACCCAUUUUACAGUAAGGUUCAUUAAUUAAACAUUAGUUAAUGUAUUAACUAAAAUGAACUAACCAUGAGCAAUACAUUUGUUACUGUAUUUACUAAUCUUCGUUAACGUUAGUUAAUGAAAAUACAGUUCAUUGUUUGUUCAUGUUAGCUCACAGUGCAUUAACUAAUGUUAACAAGAUUUUAAUAACGUAUUAGUAAAUGUUGAAAUUAACAUUAACAAAGAUUAAUAAAUGCUGUAUAAGUGCAGUUCAUUAUUAGUUCAUGUUAACUAAUGUAGUUAACUAAUGUUAACUAAUGAACCUUAUUGUAAAGUGUUACCGUUUUUUGAUAAUGAAAGUUGCUAAAAGAUUGUAAUUGUGUGUAAAAAUUUGUGAAUUUUGAAUAAAACCCUGCUGGUUUAAGAUUA